AUGGGGCUGACAGUGGCUGAGAUACACAACAUGGGGCUGACAGUGGCUGAGAUACACAACAUGGGGCUGACAGUGGCUGAGAUACACAACAUGGGGCUGACAGUGGCUGAGAUACACAACAUGGGGCUGACAGUGGCUGAGAUACACAACAUGGGGCUGACAGUGGCUGAGAUACACAACAUGGGACUGACAGUGGCUGAGAUACACAACAUGGGGCUGACAGUGGCUGAGAUACACAACAUGGGGCUGACAGUGGCUGAGAUACACAACAUGGGGCUGACAGUGGCUGAGAUACACAACAUGGGGCUGACAGUGGCUGAGAUACACAACAUGGGACUGACAGUGGCUGAGGUACACAACAUGGGGCUGACAGUGGCUGAGAUACACAACAUGGGGCUGACAGUGGCUGAGAUACACAACAUGGGGCUGACAGUGGCUGAGAUACACAACAUGGGACUGACAGUGGCUGAGAUACACAACAUGGGGCUGACAGUGGCUGAGGUACACAACAUUGGGCUGACAGUGGCUGAGAUACACAACAUGGGGCUGACAGUGGCUGAGGUACACAACAUGGGACUGACAGUGGCUGAGAUACACAACAUGGGGCUGACAGUGGCUGAGAUACACAACAUGGGGCUGACAGUGGCUGAGGUACACAACAUGGGGCUGACAGUGGCUGAGAUUCACAACAUGGGGCUGACAGUGGCUGAGAUACACAACAUGGGGCUGACAGUGGCUGAGAUACACAACAUGGGACUGACAGUGGCUGAGAUACACAACAUAGGGCUGACAGUGGCUGAGAUACACAACAUGGGGCUGACAGUGGGCUGA